UUAGCUAACCAUUUUCGUAACCAUAAUGUAAUUAUCAUAACCUCAUACGUUAAUUCACCAAACCUGCUGCGUAACAUGGUCUCCUAACCUGUUACGAAAAGUCAAAUCUAACAAAAGCCAUAUCCCAUCUAGUCAAAACCAACAAAAAGCGGAAACAAAAGAAAUCGCAAAUUUCUAGAAACAAUUUUUGGUGAGCUGGGCAGAGAUACAGGCAUACAACUGACAGCUUUCAGUGUUAACACCAUACACCUAACUCAGGAGGGCUGACAUGGCUUUGAAAAGAAUACAGAAGGAGCUACAUGACUUGCAAAGGGACCCUCCUGCUCAGUGCUCUGCUGGACCAGUUGGAGAGGACUUGUUUCAUUGGCAAGCCACAAUCAUGGGACCUACUGACAGCCCAUAUCAGGGAGGAGUGUUCUUCCUCACCAUCCACUUCCCAACAGACUAUCCCUUCAAACCACCAAAGGUAGCCUUCACAACGAAAAUCUAUCACCCAAACAUUAACAGUAAUGGUAGCAUCUGUCUGGACAUUCUGAGGUCACAGUGGUCCCCAGCACUUACAGUUUCAAAAGUUUUAUUGUCCAUAUGCUCUUUGCUAUGUGACCCAAACCCAGAUGACCCCCUAGUCCCAGACAUAGCACACAUCUACAAGCAGGACAAAGAAAAGUACAACAGAUUAGCAAGAGAUUGGACUCAAAAGUAUGCAAUGUAAUGGACUGAAGUUUGAGACAACGGAAGAGGUUUAAGCAAAUUAACUUCAUGGACACUUCUGAAAACAGUACUGUUGCCACUCCUCAUCCACACUGGUUCAAGAAGAAGUGUUGUAUAUGGGAAGCACUUUCUAUCCCCAAAUUAACUGCUUUUAUGCUUUGAAGUCAUUAUUUUCCUUUUGUUUGACGUUCCCAAUGUUAUAUAAAUUAUUAUUCAGUUAUUUCUGAGAUGACCCAUAAAAACAGACCAAUUAUGACUCCACCCCCUCCAUCUUAGUUUUUUUCUCCUUUUAGAGAUUUUUAUUGUAUAGUAUAAAGCUAUACUGAAUCUAUUUUUAUUAUUUUGCAUUAAAAAGUUAAACAAACAAAAAUAGAUCCUGUCUUUAUUGUUAUUCUAGAGACACCUAUUUAUUUUAGAUCUGCACAAGUGCCUGGAGGUUUGGGCUAAGGCUUUUUUUGAUUAGGGCAGUAGAAUUCAGAAAUUCUUCCCAUGUCAUUUUGUAUUUCACCACUAGAUGACAGCAUUUACCUCUUCUCACCUACUACAGCAGGGCUCAGUUGAAUGCAAAUUCGAAUUAGGGCUAUAAUCUGGCAGGUUACUCAAAUGGAUUACACAGUUACCUUGUUGUUCUCAAAUCUAUAACUCCAGAGUUAAUUGCAUUUUUUUGGUUAAAUUUCAGCUACUAUCAGAUUUAAUUAUGACAGUGCGUUCUGACUUUUCAGAUGGGAUGUCUAGAUAGAAUACGGCUUUUGUCAAAUUGACGUCAAAAGCAGAUUUUUGGGGGGGUUGGUAUUUUAGCUAACCGUAACCCUUUUCCUUACCAAAGUAAUUCUCCAAACCUGCUACGUGAAGUCUAUUAACCUUUUACAUUAUUCCACUAAAAUUCAAUUUUGACCAAAGCUGUAUCCAUCUAGACAAAACCACUCUAGUCCUACGUAAGGAUGAAAGUUGACCCUAUGAACUUCAACAUCUGAAUUAAAGCCGAAUGAUAAGAGAUGCAUAAUAUUUGUUCAGUCUCCUUGUAUGUAUGCUGUGGAAUAGCGCUGUAGGCCUACAUAUAAAUGAAGCAUAUUGACUAAAUGUUUCAAUUUCACAUUAGAGGCAACUCAACUGUCUUAACUGAAAUUCUCCAUUUUAUCUCAGUGUAUCAACUCUUACAGAAGUGGUUCUUGUGGGGUGGUGUUGGGCCAUUGUGUAGUUUUCUUGUUACUGUAUUUUAUCCUCCGGAUGUGAAUUGCUUCCUCAAUGUUUCUUAGAACUCAAAAUGCUUCCUCUGGCUCUUCUCUUACUAUACGGUAAAUAUACUGUAUCUCAUCGGUGCCAUAGUGACAUGGAAUCGUUGAGUCAUGAAUAAAAUACACAUAGUAAUGAA